AUGUCCAACCAGGAGCAGACCUUCAUUGCCGUCAAGCCCGAUGGCGUCCAGCGUGGCCUCGUUGGCAACAUCAUCUCUCGCUUCGAGAACCGCGGCUUCAAGCUCGUCGCCAUGAAGCUCACCCAGCCCGGCCAGGCCCACCUCGAGAAGCACUACGAGGACCUCAACACCAAGCCCUUCUUCGCCGGCCUCAUCAAGUACAUGAACUCCGGCCCCGUCUGCGCCAUGGUUUGGGAGGGCAAGGACGCCGUCAAGACCGGCCGCACCAUCCUCGGUGCCACCAACCCCCUCGCCUCCGCUCCUGGCACCAUCCGUGGUGACUUUGCUCUCGACAUGGGCCGCAACGUCUGCCACGGCUCCGACUCCGUCGAGAACGCCAAGAAGGAGAUUGCCCUCUGGUUCAAGCCCGAGGAGCUCACCCAGUGGAACCACCACUCCGCUGCCUGGGUUUUCGAGUAA